CUAAAAUGUUGUCUUAAUGCUGUUAUGAUGCUGCUUAUAAUUCUUGGUAUAUUAGGGAUCAGCCCCCUAGUUAACAUUGCUCAAGAAGCAACAUAGGAGUUGACAGAAUUUUUCUCGCUGACGGCGAGAUCACAGUAAAGAAGAUCAAAGUGCAUAUUAGAUAGAUCUUGAGAGCUGGUUCUGACGAUAUAAGAUUUACGUAAAGGAGACAAAUCGAAUAGAGUUGUCGGCAUUAGCUUCAGCAUGGGCAACAAGAGACAGCGUUUGGCUCGGCAGAAGUUUAUAGAGUCUCACCCAAACCCUAAUCCUCCUCCUCCAGCAGGAGAUGAAAACACCAAGAAGAAGAAGAAGCGCAAGCGCGAAGGAGGAGGAGGAAAAGCGGGUGAGAAGGGAUUCAAAAGAGCGCGGACUAAAACCCUGGGGAAACAUCCUCUGAGAGUGCCUGGAAUGAAACCAGGAGACGGGUGCUUUUUUUGUCACUCCAAAGAUCACAUUGCAAAGUACUGCCCCCAAAAAGCUCAAGCAGAUAACAAAAAGAUAUGUUUACUUUGUCGGGAACGAGGCCACACUUUGAAGCAUUGUCCUAACAGUCAAGAAAGUCAAGAAACUGCAUAUUGUUAUAAUUGUGGUGAGACAGGACAUCGGCUCUCUAAAUGCCCUGAGCCAAUUAAAAAUGGAGGAACAGCAUUUGCAGAAUGUUUUCUCUGCAAGGAACGUGGACACUUGAGUAAGAAUUGCCCAACAAACUCACAUGGAAUAUAUCCAAAGGGUGGAUCAUGUAAGGUAUGUGGUGGUUUGACACAUCUAGCGAAAGAUUGCCCAGAGAAGCUUAAGCGGAAUAUCGCAAGUGGUCAAGGCAGAACAAGACUUCAAAUUUCAAAAGAACCUGCAGUAGCAGCCAAGCCUGGUGAGCAGGGGCAACGGAUUGUAUUUCGUAGUGGAGAUGAUUUAGAAGAUGAUUUCGCUUUAGAAGAUAAUAAUAUUAAAGCCAGUGCUAAUGGCCAUUCAUUUGACUAUAGUAAAGUGGAUGAGUUAUCAUCCAAAGUUGAGAUGGAGCCACUGAAGUUGAAAGGCACUGAAAAGAAACAUUUGAUGGGACAAACAUGCAAAGUUCUGGCAAUUAUCUUCAAAUGGAACUUCUUUGGUAAUGGGUUUAAGCUUCUUGGCAUUACUUCGAGAUUGAGAUUGUAACACCUGGCAGAUCUUCUCUAAAUCUUAUUUUGGUGGCAUUUCACAGCAUGCAAAGUUCUGGCAAUUAUCUUCAAAAUUGACUAAGAAGACACCCCGUCCUUGGGGAUUUGGUAUGGCUGCUUCAAUUAAUUUCUCAUCUUGUUAUCUUGUUACACAUGCUUUUGUCUUUAGGGUUUUCUUCAUGGAGUUGUUCAGAUUUUUCUUGCUUCAUCACCUCCAAGCUAAUAGGAUUUCACCACACUAGUGAGAUUGCACAAUGUGGUGGAAUGCUAUCAAAUUCCUUCCAUGGAAAUUUUGAAAGCUUAGGUUCUUAGAGAUUAGGUUUCUCUUGUUCUCUAGGUCUUCAAUCCCUUGAGUUAGUGAGAUCAUGUCAUGCCAUGUGGCAUUCUCAUUAAAAUACUUUCAUGAGACUGAUUGACAAUUAUUUGUUUUUGUUCAUGUUAAAAUAUCCUAUAAAGCGAGAUGGCGUUGUGUGGCACAAUCUAGUUAAAUUUUAGUUAGCACUUCUUUUUUUGAAUC